AUGGUAUCUGAUGAAAGAUAUUUUGGAAACUUGUCGGUCCCACUGUUUGGAGUUUUGGCAUGUGUUAGCAUCUAUUUCUUAAGACGUCGCUUGAAAGGUGCACAAUUCACUGAACAUGUGGGAGCGAAAGGAAAAAUAGCAUUAGUUACUGGAGCAAGUGCAGGUAUAGGGAAGCAAACAGCUCGAGAGCUUAACCUUCGAGGCGCCACUGUUUAUAUGUUAUGUAGAGAUCGUAAAAAGUCACAAAAUGCAAGAGUUGAACUAACGAAAUUGGGUUGCGAUCCAACGAGAUUAGUACUGAAAGAUGUGGACUUGGCCAGCUUUGCAACGAUUCGGAAAUUUACUGAUGAAAUCAAACACGAGGUGGAUAAAAUAGAUAUACUUGUAAACAACGCGGGAAUAAUGUUUUAUCCAAAAUUCGAGUUGACAGAAGACGGCAAUGAAGUUACGUGGCAAACGAACUACCUCGGGCACUUUUUACUUACUGAACUGUUACUCCCGCUGAUUAAGAAAUCACCAAAUGGACGAAUUAUCAACGUUUCCAGUUCACUUCACAAUAGAGCUGAUAGUGUUGACGUUUCUAUAGUUAAUAACAAAAAGUACUUCAAUAAAUCGAUGCCUUAUAGCAGGUCGAAGUUAGCCCAGGUUAUGCAUGCCCGUGAGUUAACUAGACGACUGAGGACAAAGGACCCACGAACUACAACGACAAUCAAUGCUGUACAUCCCGGUGUUUGUUUCACUGAGCUUAUGCGCUACACGAUUUUCAGCCGGAAGUAUAUUAUGCAAAUCAUCUCUCCGCUUCUGUGGUUGUUCAUGAAAACUGAUAAGGAUGGUGCGCAAACAACUUUGUAUGUGGCAUUGAGCAAAAAUGUUGAGGCUGUUUCAGGCAGAUAUUUUGGGGAAUGUAAAGAACAUACUCCUUCAUCGAAUUCAUUGGACGACGCCAAAUGUAAUAUACUGUAUAAUCAGAGUUUGGAAGCAGUGAGGUUGUUGGAAUGA